CUGCCACUGACUUGUUACAUGCAACGUGAAGAUGGAUCCUUCAGCCCCACAGACGGUAGCUAAAGGCGUACUCAUAACAUCUACUGUCUGCGGUUUGACUGCAGGGUUGUAUGGCGUCGUCAAAUCGCAACCACCAGGACCUCUAUUAUUGUUUUCAGCUUUGAAUAGCGGCAUUGCAUCUGCAACAUUCUUCAGUAUACGAGAGUACCUAGUUGGCCCUGUACUCGUCUUGUCGAUGCCAGGAAAACAGUACGAACUGCGCAGACAGAUACUCAAGGAAGCCGCAGAAGGGGCUCCCACCAAUAUAUCCAAGUUAACGUGGGGUGACAUCCGCUCUCGUAAAGUACUUGAUUCUAGCAUUAGCGGAGCCUUGGCUGGUAGCAUCCUUAACACUUGGAAACGUGGAAGAUCGGGAACUGUUCCUGGUUUAGUGACAGGCGCGACGAUGUGCGGGCUCUUCCAAUGGGCAUUCAAUGAGUUCGACAUUCUGAGGAUAACUCACGUAUCCAAAGUGGUGCAUACACAGCCUGUACCUGCUAUACCCGCAGCACCUGUUGCAACAUACUCCUUACCAGUCGCCGCCCCGGAACCACCCAAAUCAUUCACAGACCGAAUAUUUGCUAUGUUUGGUCGUAGAAUAUCCGACGAGGAGUAUCUUAAUAGGGUGAAAGCUCAACGGGAUAAUCAUCUCCGUAGGAUCGAGCAACUUGAACGCGAACGUGACGAAAAGCGCGAGACUUGAUAUCUCAUUACCGCUCUACAGUACUCGUACUGUUACAUCAUCCCAUAUCGACUCAGGACUCCCUUUCUCCCAUACCAUUAUUACACCUCACCUCUCACUCGUAAUCAAGCUCCCUAUAGCAAUGAGCAUCUAUUCCCAGCGAUGUUUGAUGUCAUAAUUGUGUAG